CAAGGUAUUUAGGCACCUAGUUCCCAGUGAUUUUUCAAUCCCAGACACUUUUUCAGACCGUGUCCCUUUGGGUCUUCUCCAAAGCCCAUGGGAGGCAGUGGCAAUGGGGCUGAAUGAGCUUUGGGGCAGCCCCUCUGUCUCUGCAAGACUCUCCUGGCGCUUUUACCCAGCAACUCCCGUAACAUUGACCGGUUGCCCCCACUGCCACCGACGCUGCUUUGCAAUUUCUCACGUGGUGUCCGAGAAGGGACAGACCCCAGCAGCCCCUGGGAGCGACGGAGCUGGGAGCAGAGAUACAGUGACACCCCCUGGGAGCGACGGAGCCGGGAGCAGAGAUACACCGACACCCCCUGGGAGCGCAGACCCCUGCACGGCAGAAUGCAGCGCCCGCCUGGAGCGUUUCCGAUCCCAGCUGAGCCAACGUCUGUGCCACCCGGCUCGGCCCAGCCCAGCAGGGGACUCCGGGUGCAAACUCUGCCCCACGGACUGGCAGCUGCACAGGGACAAGUGCUACUGGGUCGGCAGCGGAAGUAAAAUGUGGAGCGAGAGCCGCGCCGACUGCUCAGCGAGGGGCUCCCAGCUGCUGGUGAUCCAGGACUGGGAGGAGCUGGAGUCCCUCCAGGCCCUGACACGAGGCUCAUCUCAGUUCUGGGUCGGACUGUCCCGCCUCUCCCCGGAGAAGGGCUGGACCUGGCUGGACGGCUCCCGGCUGGAUCAGACCCAGUUCCCAGUGUCAGGCCCGGCUGAGGGGAACCGCUGUGGGUCGGUGAAAGGGAAUCGGCUUCAUUCUGACACCUGCAGCUCUGGAUUUCAGUGGAUUUGCCAGCAAGACGCCACCCCGCUGUGAGCAGGCUUACGCUCUCCGCUCUCUUCUCCGGCCUGCCCACUGCUCCCGUCCAGCCUGUGAUCUGACGCACCUCUGCCCAUCCUGCCCUAACAUAUCGUUAACUCCUGUCACUAAUGACGGGGAUCUCAGCUUCAGAGGUUUCUGUGUGGAUGUGCUGUCCACUUGCUACCUCCUUAGAGCACCUUUAGGGAGAUCAGUGCCUCCAACCCCGAUCCCAAAUGGAACCUUUCCCUGUGCAUUAUUUGACGCUCUCAGGGGUCACUGUCUCUAUCAGAG